UCAGCUCUACUCAGAAGAACAGGCAGGUUCUUCUGCAAAGGGGGAGGGGGAGAGGAAAAGCCAUAAUUUAUUCCUGAAAAGAAAGGAGCUGGGAAAAUAAAAAAGCUACUGUACAGCUAGACAUACGCAUUUUAAAGAGAAGGAUGCUUUGGAAGACUCUGGUACUGCUGCUGUUCUAUUACAGUGCUGAUGCCACUGUGACCCACAGAUGGAGCAGAGCUGUGCUUUUCCCAGCUGCUCAGAGAUUCAAGAGGUCCUCAGCUGCCUUCCUGAACCCAGUGUUACAAAACUCGCUGGAAGAUGUGGUCCUACUUUAUGAGUUUCUUUUAGCUGAGCUUGACAUCGACAAAGGUCAGAGGAUCUCCAUCAAAGAUGAGGAGCUGGCUUCCCUGAGGAAGGCUGCUGAGUUUGACACCAUCUGCAACGAGAUUAUCCCUAAGAGCAUCACAGAGAUCCGCAGGCUGAGCAGCAGGCUGUCUUCCUACCCGAGGGUCCUCAAGAAGGAAGACUUUGAAAGGACAGUGCUGACCAUGGUCUACACGGCCUACAGAGCUGCUCAGUCCCAGGGGCACCAGAAAGACACUUGGGCUGAGUCCUUUGUCAGUCUCUACAAAGCCCUGAAGAACGACUUGAUGCUCCCAUACAACAAACAACCCUCUUAGAGGAAGGGGAGCAGCAGCUCAGCCACCUGCUCUGGUUGGUGAAGGACACCUUGUAGCACGCCCACCACUUUAUUCUGUAAAGAGUUUAAUAGCCUGCUUCGUGAAAGAUUGUUCGUUUUCUGGCUCCCUCUUGUGGAGCCUGCUUUCUAGUUCCAUGCUAAAUGGUGAAAAACCUCUUCAGUCCUGAGAAUUCGGUUUUUGUGCUGGCUUGGAGGCACGUUCUGUGACAGGAAAAGAAGGCAGUUUGGUGCACACCCAGACAGAGCCUUGUUUCAGGCAAACCCUUGAUUCAUCCUUUGGGUUUCCUAUAAGCAAUACAUAAAUAUACUGUGCUUAUGCUCACUUGCUGGUGUGUAAGUGCUGGAGAGUGCUGCUUUCCUAGCUGGGGAAACAAGUUCAUGUUUUGGCUGGCCAGUAAGAGAAUAUUACACAGAGAUGAAGGCCUGCUGUAAAAGGAGGAGGUUUCAUAACUAUCAGCCUUCAGAAAUUAUGCCACAUAUUAUCCAUUCCAAAUGUUCUCAUAAAUAAGCACCCUCUGAUUCACUUCAUUGGCUGAGCCAGUGUUUAAUUGCAAUAACAUUUUCAGAAGACAAAGGGCAUUGUGAAGACCAGCAGCAAACAAUGCCUGUGAACGUAUUCCCCUCUUCCUGGAGCUGUCCUCCCAAACAGUCUGCAGUGAUUCUUUCAUUAUUUGCACAUGACUUUGCUUCUGCUGCUUGUUUUUUGUUUUUUGUGGGGUUUUUUUUGUUUUGUUUUGGUUUUUUUUGUUUUUUUUUUUUUUUUUUUUUUUUUUUUUUUUUUUUUUUUGAAAAGAACAUGUAUUUGUCCUCAGUGGAAUCCAAGGCAAGACAAAAGCCCUAUUUAAUUCAAUAAUGACACAUUUUUCCUGGUUCUGUUGCUUGAACGUAGGUCAUCUAAACCUAUUCUCUACAAUCCCACUGAGGCAAGGGAGGAAGGUGCAUUAAAACAUACCUGGUGCUGAAUUUGGCACUGUGGCUCUUUUUUUUAACAAUAAAUUGUAUAUUCAUUUCAGUAUCCUUGUGUUUGUGUGUGUGUGUCUAUG